UCCACCCCAUGGCUCCUAUAGCUGGCUUUCCUACAGUAGGACAUUUUUAUGUCAGCAUUACGGCAAAAAACAAAUGUCUCGGCUACUUCAGCAGAGGAACUUACAAUCAUCAAAGCAAUGAGAAGAGCAAAGCAUGUUACGGAAGCUGUGCUGUGUGAUUCUACUCAUCAUCCAGAGGGAUACAGAAAGUACACGUGUGAUUGGAGGACGCAGGACUGUGGUACAGGGGGAGGAUGUGGACUUAUCCUGCAGACUGACAGAGACGACCGAGGAUCUCGAACAGAUAACAUGGCAGAAAAGUACUUUGGAAGAAACACAGAACCAUAAUUUUAUGCUGAUUUAUCCCAAUGGGGGUACUAAGUUUAUUGCACCAAAUGGAUUGAGUGGUAGAGUCCAGUUUAUUGGGAACCCAUCAGAAAACCUUGGAUCUAUUCGAAUAACAGCUGUCAGACUGUUGGAUGAAGGCACCUUCACAUGUAUCUUCAGUGUUUUCCCCAGUGGAGCAUACAGUACAGAGAUACUUCUGACUGUGCUAGUUCCUCCACUAGUGAAUGUGACAGUUGAUGUUCCUCCUCUCAUUGGGGAGAAUGAGGUUAUCUUGGCAACCUGUUUGGCUGCUGGUGCCAAGCCACAGGCAGAUGUGAGAUGGAAGACAGGUGCAUUGGGCAGUUUGUUCAGGACAGUGACUAACUCCACCCAGCACACCAACGGAACCACCACAGUCCUCAGCCACCUGCUCGGGGUGCCAACCAGAGCAGCAAAUCAGCAGCAGGUCCAGUGUGUGAUCAACCAGUCUGCCCUGGUAACAGAGAAGACCUACAACUACAGCAUAAACAUCCACUAUCCACCUCAGACAGUGAACAUUACCCUUAGUGAGGCCUCUAAAACCACAGUCUUCCUUUGUGUAGCAGACGGCAACCCACACCCCAACUACACCUGGAGCAGAGUGGUCCAGCCAUGGCCUGGGUCUUCAGUGAGAGCAGAGGGAGACAAACUGCACUUCCUCAGUCUCAGCUCUGAGCUGAAUGGUCUCUUUGUCUGUGAGGCCUCCAACCCCUACGGACGAGCAGCUGGCUCCCUCUAUGUACACACAUCCUCUGAGACCUCUGCUGCCUGUUGGGUCUCACUCGUUGUCGUUCUAUGCUUGAUUGUUGCUGGGCUGCACUUUUAUGGUACAGUGCAAUACGGACCAGUUUCCUUGGAGUUCAAUCAUGGCCAAUCACCAGUUCCAGGCACCACCACAGGUUGAGGAAGAUGAACCUGGGACGUCUGAGUUCUAACACUCCAAACCAGGAGGGCGGAGAAGGGAGAAGUAACGUGAUAAAUCACAGGACAGGCUGAGAGCAGAUGCCAGAAGAAUCUCAGACAUGCACUGGAUGUGGGAAGAAUUCCAGUCUGCACAUUCUCCGAUUUUCUAACCAUCUAAUGAACAGAGACCCAAUGCAGUAUUCACUGUGACAUUAGAAACCUUGGCUCGGCCACUUCUAAACCACAACUUUACACAGUGCUGGCCCUUGUUUCAGUUUUUUAUCACCUCUCCUGGACUCCGCCUUGCCGUGGUGGAGGGGCUUUGUUACUUCAGAGGGAGCAACAUUACUCCUGUAUGUAUAGUGCAUGUUCAAGCCAACUAAAGGGAGGCCAGUUAUAAUCUAAAUAACAUGUCAAAUGGAGAAUCUUGUCAGUAAUGACUAGCCAAACCCUGACUGAUGCUGGUACUUGUAGCUGCUCAAAAAGGAAUUCCUUCAAAGUAUGCAGCCUUAUGUAGUAUUGGUACAGAAAGCAGUUAUAAGAGGAGCCAUGAAACCAAGGGUGUGGCUAGUGAUCCACUGGGAACAGAAGCCAUAGGUACUUCUUGCAGAGGCUCAAAAUGUAAUUCCUUCAUAUUAUGCACUUAUGCAGUCUUGGUACAGGGAGCAGUUAUAAGAGGAACCAUGAAACCAAGGGUGUGGCUAGUGAUCCACUGGGAAUAGAACCGCCACCAACAGCUGCCUCCACUAACAGCUGCAUUAAUCCUAUCCCUGAUUAACCCUGUAUUAUGUGUUGUUUUAGCCUAGCAUUAGUGUAGCAUGGCAUUUUUGUCCAACAGUAGUUAGAGUAGUUAGAAUGCAGGUCUUUACACUACAUUAUUAGUUAGAAUUGUAUUUAUUUAAUUUAAUCUUUAUUUAACUAGGCAAGUCAGUUAAGAACAAAUUCUUAUUUACAAUGG